GCCGGGGGAGGGGCCGGCCCCAGGCGCUCCUUCCGGUCCUCCUCCGCUCUCUCCCCGGACUCUGGUCGCGGCAGCGGGUGACCGCUUCCCCAACCCCAGGGGGCAGGGGGCAGCUUGCUCUUCCGUAGACAGACGGGACCUGCCCGACCAAACUCAGCAUUGGGAGGGUACCUGCGGCGGUUUGUGUGGGCGCGUAGACGCCGCUCUUACGCCACGUCCUGAUUCCUUCCAGAGCCGCAUUCGGGACGGAACUGAUCGAUAGAGGGACCAUGGAGAACACUAAUGGCGCCAAGCAGAGCGUGAUUGAGGGCUCGAGUCCGGCCGAGGGGCAGACCCGGAGCACCACUCCGCAGGGAGAGCAGGGACAGCUGCUUUAUCACGAGGAAACCAUUGACCUCGGUGGAGACGAGUUUGGGUCUGAAGAGAAUGAGACUAUAUCGGAAGAUUCUAAUAAUUUCGUAGAUAAGCUUAAUGAGCACCUGAUGGAGAGCGUCCUCAUUUCUGACUCUCCUAAUAAUAGCGAAGAUGACACAGGUGACCUUGGCUGUUUGCAGGAUGUUGUGGAGCCUGCAGAAGGCAACGCUGGUCCCACACUGGAAAGUCUCGGGGACGAAGGAGCAGUGGACACCCUGAGCAAGGACAGUGAAAGUGAUGGAGAGGAUGCAUCUAAAGAUAUCUCUGACACAACCCCCGACCCAGACCACAACCACCAAGUCAAAGGUGUGCCCGCCUUGGGAGAGGAGGGUGCAAAGGACCCUGGCCCAGGGGACGGGAGCACUCAUCCGGAGGGGCCGGGGUGCGCCCCACCUCUGAGACAGUCCCCUCCCAAUGAGGAGCCCGUCCCAGUGUGCACCAUCUUCAGCCAGUCGCUUCCCGCCCGCUCCCAGCCGCCCUUGCUCCUGCGGGAUGGCUUCGAGUCCCAGAUGGUGAAGUCUCCGAGCUUCAGUGGUGCGAGCGAAACGGUGGCCAAGACCCCUCCCCAGGCUGUGCAGCCAAGCCCUAGCCUGAGUAAAUUUUUUGGUGAUCCUGCCAACACUAAUUCCUUGGCCUCGGACUUCUUUGAUUCAUUCACGACUUCCACUUUCAUCUCCGUCAGUAACCCGCAUGCAGGUUCUUCAGCUCCAGAAAAACUGUCUUCACUCUCCACUCCAGGGGGAGAAAGGUCCCCAGGUGCCGCUGAGCCUUCUCACUCCCCAGGGAUCGAAAAGUCAAAAGCGGGUGUUUCCCCAGCUUCUGUAGAAAUCCCUCAGUCUCCAAAACCGUUUUCACAGAUCCAGGCUGUGUUUGCGGGGAGUGAGGACCCCUUUGCCACAGCCCUGAGCAUGAGCGAGAUGGAUCGCAGAAGUGAUGCCUGGCUCCCCGGGGAGGGGACCAGGGACGUCCUGAUUUCAGUAGCCACCCAACAGUACAGCACAGUGUUCGUGGACAAGGAGAGCCUCACCAUGCCGGGCCUCAAGUUUGACAACAUCCAGGGGGAUGCAGUUAAAGACCUGAUGCUUCGCUUCCUGGGUGAGAGAGCCGCGGCGAAGAGACAGGUCUUAAAUGCUGAGUCCGUAGAGCAGACUUUUGUUGGGUUGAAACAGCUAAUCAGCUGCAAAAACUGGAGGGCAGCGGUUGACCUGUGCGGGCGCCUUCUCACGGCCCACGGCCAAGGCUACGGCAAGAGCGGGCUGCCCACCAGCCACACGGCAGACUCCUUACAGCUUUGGUUUGUGAGGCUGGCACUGCUGGUGAAGCUGGGCCUUUUCCAGAAUGCCGAGAUGGAGUUUGAGCCCUUUGGAAAUCUGGACCAGCCCGAUCUCUAUUACGAGUACUACCCUCAUGUAUACCCUGGGCGAAGGGGCUCCAUGGUCCCCUUUUCAAUGCGGAUCUUACACGCGGAGCUUCAGCAAUACCUGGGCAAUCCACAGGAGUCCCUGGACAGACUGCACAAAGUGAAGGCCAUCUGCAGCAAGAUCCUAACAAAUUUGGAGCAAGGCUUAGCUGAAGACGGAAGCAUGAGCAGCAUCACACAGGAGAACAGACAAGCCUCCGUUCAGCUGUGGCGCUCCCGCCUGGGCCGGGUGCUGUGCUCCAUGGCAAACUGCCUGCUCCUGAUGAAGGACUAUGUGCUGGCUGUGGAUGCUUAUCACUCGGUUAUCCAGUAUUACCCAGAGCAGGAGCUACAGCUGCUCAGUGGCAUCGGCCGGAUUUUCCUUCAGAUUGGAGACAUCAAAACAGCUGAGAAGUAUUUUCAAGACGUGGAGAAAGUAACCCAGAAACUGGAUGGACUGCAAGGCAAGAUAAUGGUUUUAAUGAACAGAGCGUUCCUUCACCUCGGUCAGAAUAACUUUGCAGAAGCCCACAGAUUCUUCACAGAAAUCCUCAGGAUUGACCCAACAAAUGCCGUGGCCAACAACAAUGCCGCCGUGUGUCUGCUCUACCUGGGCAAACUCAAGGACUCCCUCCGGCAGCUGGAGGCCAUGGUCCAGCAGGACCCCAAGCACUACCUGCACGAGAGCGUGCUCUUCAACCUGACCACCAUGUAUGAGCUGGAGUCUUCUCGCAGCAUGCAGAAGAAGCAGUCCCUGCUCGAGGCAGUCGCCGGCAAGGAGGGGGACAGCUUCAACACCCAGUGCCUCAAGCUUGCAUAGGACACUCACUCCCUGGAGCGCCCAGGGCCUCUGAAUGGUGGACACAGGAGCUAAGAGAUGAACACGACCGACAAAGUCAAUAAAAUCUUCCACGAGUGCCGGGGAGCGGUCUUCUUCAUCCGGAGCCAUGCAGAGGCCCAGACUGUCCGGCGGUUUGUCGGACUCCAGCAGGCCCCGUGCCCACAGCUCUGCCGGGGGUUAGGAGUCCAGGGGGCCGAACAUGUGCUGCGGGUGGCGGGCGCGGGCAGCAGUGGCUCAGGGGCAGCCCUGGGUCCCUUUUGUUUAUUCUUGGAAGCUGAGUUGCUUCAUCUCAUAACUCUGAAUAUCCUCAGAGAAAAGCUGAAAAACCAACUCUUCUCAUUCUGUAGAUCUCCAGUACAUGUGGGCAUAAAGGCAGAGAAACACCAAACAGACCGCCAUGCACCUUCUCUCUCCUUCGCUCCUCUCACAUCCCAGACCUAAACACAUCACUUGUAUUCAUCCAAUUCCUUUUCAGCUGAUGCUGGACAGGCCUGGCGAUGGGGGAAAGAACCCGCCGUAUUUCUUCUGUGGUUUGUACAACCAAGGGAGACCACUGAACGUGCACAAGCAGGUGGGCUAGGAGGUAUUUUUGAACCAAGCACAUGUCGAUUUAGGUGUUCCUUCAUCCUGUAUGCUGGGACACUUGCUUUAGUAUUACAGGGUAGAGGGGAGGAGUUUUCUCCUCCACCCUGCUAGGUUCUUUGGGUGUUCUAAUAAGCAAACUGAUGUAAGACAGGUUACAGGAGAAAAGUUUAAUCACGUACGCAAGAGAAACCCAUAAGAAUAGGAGACCCAAGCCAGGCAACUGAGGCUUCUGUGCCAUCCUGAGCUAAGGAAGGAGCUAGGGGCCUGGGGCUUCAGCGGGAGAAGAGGGGGAUUCACAGAACUUUGCCCCACUGUAACAGAUAAGCCAUUCAGAUAAAAGUUUAUAGCUGGGAACAGCUCCCUCUGAGCAAAGCCCCCAUCCAAACCCUUCUAAGUAGUUGAGGGAGAAGUAAACGUUUUUCUUAAACCUGCAUCCUGAUUGUCUUCAGCUCAAACUAAUCCACUUGCCAAAGUCACAUACUUGGGGGGCACAUACCCUCCCCCGCCUCAGUCCUGCCUUUGACAUCCCCGGGAAACUCCGCAGUCCAGAAAGUGAGCUGGUAGACUGCUCUGGCUCACCGACCUCGUCUCUUAGCGCUGGGAAUAGGUCGGGUCCAUUAAGCAGCUGGGUCUCCGUUUGGGAGGCACCUAUGCAAGGGGGCUCCCAGGUGAGGCCUGGGUGUGAGGGACCAGGCGCUCGACGUGGGGGCAGAAGGAAGUGGAGCGGAGUCACUGCCGUGUCCCAGUGUCCGAGCUCCAGAGCUGGGGGCGUCUUCAGACGAAGUAAAGCCAAGGUAGCGGGAACUGGAUGGCUGGUAAGCUUGCUGAGUGGCCCCCACGGGGGCUGGGGCGGUUUCUCCAGAGUGUAUGUCAGGGCGUCCAGCUCCAGCUCACACGGCUGCAGGAAAAGGGCAGUUUUAGUUCUCAACAACUCCCCAGUGAGAAGGGGAAACAUCAGUUUGGAGAGUUGCAGCCAAAUAUAGGAAGAAAACAGAAGAAUUUGGACCUAGUCCAGUUUACAGGUAGAAAACAAAACCUCACAGCCCAGGAGCAGCACUAGACUCUGCUGUCCACGAAGGCAUAUUACUGAAACAUAAGGUCUCUGCAGCCACCCGACAUCCAUCAAAGCAACCAGAGCAAGACUAAGUCUGCUUUCCAAUUGAGUCUAGUUUCAGUAACCCGGCCUGGUUAUUUAUAGAAGUGCAGAGUAACAGUGCUCACCGUAUAGGCUCUAUUAAGUCUGCUUUGCUGGAACUUUCCAUAAAGAGUCUUGGAUGAACCUCAAAAGCCUCUCCAGGCUAAGAAGCCACACCAAGGACCUGCUGUCAGACUUUGCCUGCAAUACAUACAGAUUUAGGUGAAUUCCUCUCCUCUCAAAGUCCCCAAAAUACCCUGAGGUUCUUCGGCCUGCCAGGAAGUGCUCACCAGGCCAGGCUGCCGGGAACCCUGUAAGCAAGGGGCAGGCUGAUGUUCCCCCAGGAUCUUUAUUGGCUCCAUAAGGCCGGCCUUAGUUCCUGAAAGCUGAUCAUCUCAGAGUCUUUACAGCGCUCUCAGAUACCACAGUCUAGGUCAAAGCCUGGCAACGUAAUCAACAUCCCCAGUCGUGUCCUGUUGCAAGAACAGAUUCUUAGUGCCCUCGUGCACGUAUAUUGCCACUAAAAUGAGAAUACUAAGUUGGCAAAUUCUGGAGAUAAUCAGAGAAAAAUGGUUUCAUCUUCAUUCACAAGGGUGUAUCUUAAAUUGUUGAUACCUUCAAAGGUUUCCUUAAAUCUGGAAAAACGAAAGAACAGGCAAUGUUUGAAAGCAGAAGUCAUGGAAUUAUAGUUUUAAGUUCAUGCAGUUCCUUUAGUUCUAGAAAGUCUUACCCAGCUCACUUUCCCGACUGUAAGACUCUCGGAAGCCCGUCCUGGCCAGUCUUCUCCUUGACUCUCCCUGAAGGAGAGGUGCCUCUGCAGGAAGAGGCCGCGCCGAGCGUCACAGUAAAGCAACUGGUCUGUAACCGACAAGGCUUAGGCUGCCCCUUGUUAAAGAUCUGAGGAGAGUUCGUGAUUAUGGAACUGACAAAGCUAGCUGCUUAUUUUUGUAUGUUUUAAGAUAACUGAAAUUAUCACCAACAUCAUCCAGGACAUACUAGGUUUCUAGGAAUUCCACGUAAUUUGUAGAACAUUUAUAUUAAUAUUUGCCCCUACAGUGCAACCUAAGGUUUAUCAUCACGUAUUUGACAUGCUUUCCAUAUAACUUUACACAUCAAAUAAGCCUACUUAAUGUAACAUCGUUCUUUGUAUAAGCGAGAGCAAAUCUCGUGAGAUGGUCCAGGAACCCCCUGGAAAUUCUCAAAACUUAGUUCGAGGUCAAGGAAAGCCUUAUUUAGAAUUUGAUUUGGGGAAGUUGGUCGAAAAUAUCAACAUGUUUGGACACUUGACUGAAGAGGGUCACAGAUGGCUGUCAACUGUACUUUGGUUGAUUUGGUCAAAGGGCCAGAAACCGAAGAGCUGGUGUAAGGUACAGAGCCUUGGCUUCCUGGCACAUUAUUUAAAAGGUAAAGAAACUUUCACAGUCUCUUGUCAACAGCAAACCUGAAGAUGAUUUCAUUUUAAGAGUAAAAACCAGUUUUGUACCACUUUUGAUAUUAAAACUAAAUUUUAACCUUA